CCGCCAUCUCAGCGCCCGGCGGCAGCCGCGGUCACCGGCGGGGCGAGCUCGGCAACGCCGCUCCUCACUCAGGGCCCCGCACGGCCCCGCCGCUCCUCACUCACAGCUCCGCUGCUCCUGAGGGCCCCGCCGCCCCUCCCGGCCCCACCAUGCUGUCCCGCCUGGUCCUGCGCGCCGCCCCCGCCGCGCUCAGGGCGCUGCCGCCGCCCGUCGCCGUGGGGGUGUUGCACACCACAAGGCCGCUGCACACAACUCAGCAGAGUUUGGCUCCCGUGCCACCUCUGCCUGAGAAGGGAGGAGAAGUUCGUCAUGGUUUGAUCCCUGAGGAGUUUUUCCAGUUUCUCUACCCUAAAACAGGAGUCACAGGGCCCUACAUGCUGGGCACUGGCCUCCUGCUCUACCUUCUUUCCAAGGAGAUCUACGUGAUUAAUCACGAGACAGCAGCAGCUGCCUGCAUCCUGACUGUCAUUGUUUAUGCCAUCAAGAAGUUCGGCCCUGAUGUCGCAGCCUUUGCUGACAAACUUAACGAGGAGAAGGUGGCCACAGCUCUGGCCAUGAAGAACGAGGCCAUGCAGAGCCUGCAGACGGCCAUCGAGGAGGAGAAGAAGGAGCAGUGGCGGGCAGAGGGGCGCAGUUACCUGUUCGACGCCAAGCGGAACAACGUUGCCAUGCUGCUGGAAGCCAACUACCGGGAGCGCCUGCUGAUGGUGUACAACGAGGUGAAGAAGAGGCUGGACUACCAGGUGGCCAUGCAGACCCUGAAGCGGCAGAAGGAGCAGGACCACAUGAUCCAGUGGGUGGAGAGGAACGUUGUUCAGAGCAUCACGCCUCAGCAGCAGAAGGAAAGCAUUGCCAAGUGCAUCGUGGACCUGAAGGCGCUGUCCAGGAGUGCCCACGCAGCUGUGUGAGCAGUCUGAGCCACUGAUAUGUCCCAAUACCUCCUCUUGGAAACUGUGUGACUCUAAAAUAUCAUUAAACAGACAAAACAAAACCCC